ACGUUGUUAAAAAAAAAAAAAUUGGGAAACUCAGAAAAAAAAAAAAGCUUCCGGAAUAGCAUUCUCACGCACGCACGCUCAGGGAAGAAGCCCUAACUAACUCAUCUCGCCGGAGUCGUAUCCUCGCCGUGAAGGACGGUCGACGAAGCUCUGUGUCGUUACUUUCCUAUACGGAAUAUAGUGGUUCUGAGCUGAAAUCGACCGAUUCAUCAUCCACUUAGCAAUGGGGGUCGAUCCUUUCAAAGCUACGGAGACGUCGGAAACGGAGAAGGAAAGCGGUGGCAGCGAUCUUCCGGUGAAGGAGAAACUGACUUUUACAGCUCCCGAGAGGAAGUCCCGUCUAGGGUUGGAUGUAAGGGCAAUGGAGAAAAGGGAGAGUGCCAAGUCCCAGGGGGAGUUCAAGGUCCCCAAGAAGCCAGCAAUAUCUGUUUCAGCGUCUAUGGAUGAAGAUGAUAGAUCUCAUGUAUCUGGAAUUGACGAUGGAGCAGAUAACAGUCGACCUGACCAUUCCACCAGAAGGUAUAGAGAUAAAUCUUCAAGAUCUGAGACUGCACAAGAAAGUACUGUGACCACAGCGAAAGCUGCAGCUUCAGAUACUCCUAGGAGAGAUGGACACCGAAACGAAUAUAGGUAUGACAGAAGUGAAACUCCGCGGUCAAGGCAGAGAAGCACAUACGAUGAGGUAGAUCGCUACCGAGGGAGGGAGUCCUAUCGCCAGUCACCCCGAGAUUAUCACGGAGAAAAGCGGGGAAGAUACAGUAGUGAAAGGAGAACUCCAGGUAGGUCAGACUGGGAUGAUGGGAGAUGGGAAUGGGAAGAUAGUCCACACGGAGAUAGAGACUCUUCUUACAACAAACGGCAUCAGCCUUCUCCAUCACCCAUGUUAGGUGCAGCUUCACCAGAUGCUCGUUUAGCCUCCCCCUGGCUGGAUACACCACGCUCAACAAUGGCUUCUGCUUCUCCAUGGGAUAUUGGUGCACCUUCUCCUGUCCCAAUCCGAGCUUCUGGGUCCUCUGUCAGAUCCUCAAGCUCAAGGUAUGGUGGAAGAUCCAAUCAACUUGCAGACUCUAGGGAAGGUGAUCUGACCAAGGAGGGGCAUCCAGAUGAGGAUAGAUCCCAAGGAGCUGAAGAAUUUAACCAUGAGAUCACAGACACAAUGCGUCGAGAAAUGGAGUAUCACUCGGAUCUUGCAUGGUAUGAUACGGACGAAGGGAACUCACUGUUUGAUGCAGAUAGUGCAUCCUUUUUUCUUGGAGAUGACGCUUCUGUGCAGAAAAAGGAAGCUGAGCUGGCAAAAAGACUGGUUAGAAGGGACGGUAGCAAAAUGUCUCUCGCUCAGAGUAAAAAAUACUCUCAGCUUAAUGCAGAUAAUGCUCAGUGGGAAGACCGUCAGCUUCUCAGAUCUGGAGCUGUUAGAGGCACAGAAGUGCAGACGGAGUUUGAUAGCGAGGAAGAACGGAAGGCAAUUCUUCUUGUACAUGAUACAAAGCCUCCUUUCCUUGAUGGAAGAAUCGUUUUUACGAAGCAAGCAGAGCCAGUAAUGCCUAUAAAGGAUCCUACAUCAGACAUGGCUAUAAUUUCGCGAAAAGGAUCGGGUCUUGUGAGAGAAAUUCGGGAGAAACAAAGUAUGCAUAAAUCGCGACAGCGAUUUUGGGAGCUUGCAGGUUCUAACCUUGGUAAUAUCCUUGGUGUUGAAAAAUCAGCUGAGCAGAUUGAUGCCGAUACUGCUGUAGUUGGUGACGAAGGUGAAGUAGACUUUAAGAACGAGGCUAAAUUUGCACAGCAUAUGAAGAAGGGAGAAGCUGUGAGUGAAUUUGCCAUGUCAAAGACCAUGGCACAGCAACGACAGUAUCUUCCCAUAUUUUCUGUUAGAGAUGAUUUAUUGCAGGUAAUAAGAGAAAACCAGGUGAUAGUGGUGGUUGGAGAAACUGGUUCGGGAAAGACUACUCAGCUCACACAGUAUCUUCACGAGGACGGAUACACUAUAAACGGUAUAGUAGGUUGCACCCAACCAAGACGUGUAGCAGCUAUGAGUGUUGCAAAGAGAGUUAGUGAAGAGAUGGAAACAGAGUUGGGCGAUAAAGUGGGGUAUGCCAUUCGUUUUGAAGAUGUAACUGGUCCAAAUACUGUUAUCAAGUACAUGACGGAUGGAGUGCUACUGAGAGAGACACUUAAAGAUUCCGACCUGGAUAAGUAUCGUGUGGUAGUGAUGGAUGAAGCGCAUGAAAGGUCACUCAACACAGACGUUCUUUUUGGAAUACUGAAAAAAGUUGUGGCUCGGCGUCGUGAUUUCAAACUGAUAGUCACGUCAGCGACCCUUAAUGCUCAAAAGUUUUCUGAUUUCUUCGGGAGUGUGCCUAUAUUCAACAUUCCUGGAAGGACUUUCCCUGUCAAUAUUCUCUACUCUAAAAGUCCUUGUGAAGACUAUGUUGAAGCCGCAGUUAAACAGGCAAUGACGAUUCACAUAACGAGCCCACCUGGGGACAUUCUCAUAUUCAUGACCGGGCAAGAUGAAAUUGAAGCAGCGUGCUUUGCUCUUAAGGAGAGAAUGGAACAGCUGGUUGAAUCAGCCAAAAGAGAAGUCACGAACCUACUGAUUCUCCCUAUAUACUCUCAGUUACCUGCUGACUUGCAAGCAAAAAUAUUCCAGAAACCGGAAGAUGGAGCCCGCAAAUGCAUUGUUGCCACCAAUAUCGCUGAAACGUCAUUGACAGUCGAUGGAAUAUACUAUGUGAUUGACACAGGGUAUGGAAAGAUGAAGGUUUUCAAUCCUAGAAUGGGUAUGGAUGCUCUUCAGGUUUUCCCCAUUAGUCGUGCUGCCUCUGAUCAGCGUGCAGGAAGAGCUGGAAGGACAGGGCCCGGAACUUGUUACAGGCUGUAUACAGAGAGCGCAUAUUUAAACGAGAUGUUGCCCAGUCCCGUGCCAGAGAUUCAGCGUACAAAUUUGGGUAACGUUGUGUUGUUGUUGAAGUCACUGAAAAUAGACAACUUGCUAGAGUUUGAUUUCAUGGACCCACCUCCACAAGAGAACAUACUGAACUCUAUGUACCAGCUUUGGGUGUUGGGUGCGCUUAGCAAUGUCGGAGGAUUAACUGAUCUCGGGUGGAAGAUGGUGGAGUUCCCGUUGGAUCCACCUCUUGCGAAGAUGCUCUUAAUGGGUGAAUGGCUCGACUGCAUAGACGAGGUCUUGACGAUCGUGUCAAUGCUUUCAGUACCUUCAGUGUUCUUCAGACCGAAAGAGAGAGCAGAAGAGAGCGAUGCCGCGAGGGAGAAGUUUUUCGUGCCGGAGUCGGAUCAUCUGACGCUACUGAAUGUGUAUAAGCAAUGGAAAGAGCAUGACUACAGAGGAGACUGGUGCAAUGACCACUACCUGCAAGUCAAAGGUCUGAGGAAAGCUAGAGAAGUAAGAUCCCAGCUUCUGGAUAUCCUCAAGCAACUCAAGAUACCGCUCAAGUCGUGUGGGCCGGAUUGGGAUAUCGUGAGAAAAGCCAUAUGCUCAGCGUACUUCCACAACUCGGCUAGAUUAAAAGGUGUUGGGGAGUAUGUGAACUGUAGAACCGGGAUGCCUUGCCAUCUGCACCCGAGCAGUGCACUGUAUGGUCUGGGGUACACGCCUGAUUAUGUGGUGUAUCACGAACUGAUCUUAACCACGAAGGAGUACAUGCAGUGUGCUACAUCUGUUGAGCCGCAUUGGCUGGCUGAGUUGGGACCAAUGUUUUUCUCGGUCAAGGACUCGGAUACAUCCAUGUUGGAGCAUAAAAAGAAGCAGAAGGAAGAGAAAACAGCGAUGGAGGAAGAGAUGGAGAAGCUGAGAAGAGAUCAGGCGGAGGCGGAGGUGAGAAGCAAGGAGAGAGAGAAGAGGAAAAGGGCAAAGCAGCAGCAACAGGUUUCAGGUCCUGGCAUGAAGAAAGGCAGUACUUAUCUCAGGCCUAAGAAGUUUGGUCUCUAAAACAUUGUAGUAAAUCUUACUUGUUGGAAUACGUGAGACUCCAAAGACCACCUUGUUUGGUAUUGUAAACUUUUUCUUACAAAACAAAACAGAAGCAAGAUCGAGCAAACUGUAAUCAACUUGUGUUAUACUUGAUUUUAAUGUACUAUCAUUUGAUGAUAUUCAUUUUUUUCCAACUUA